GGUGGCGGUGCUGACAAAGAACCAGCUGAGUGAAGAGUCGGCCAGGACUAGUCCAUCACCUCACUAAGUUGUUCAAAGGCGGAACAGAAGGCUCCGACAUAUAAGCCAUCCUCACGGUCUCAACGGGAUGUUCAAAGCACUUCUACCUACUUUCUUCCAGCUGCAAUCCCCUAGUUUUCUAUCAGUUCAGCAUUAUCACCCAUGGCAGCAGUUGCUGGUUGGCACCGCGGCGAACUUGCCAUUCAGAAGAAGCUCGGCUUCGAUGGCCCCUCUAUCUAUGGCUGGAAGAUGAUCAGAGCAGAGAUGUCUGAACAACACCGCACCUUCCAUACCACACGCCUCCCGUUUAUUCCUGUCACAUCCCUCGAUGAACGAGGCCGUCCCUGGGGAUCCAUUCUUGCUGGUCCAGAGGGCAACCUUGGCUUCACAAGCAGCGCGUCCUUCACAUCUCUGGAUUUCCACGCAAGAUUCUGGGACGGAGACCCAUUCCUUGAAAACAUGCGGUCUCAUCAACAUGACGGCAGGAUGUUAAUCGCAGGCAUUGGCAUUGAAUUCUCGACGCGGCGGAGAAACAAGUUUGCUGGCUACGUUUACUCAGUCGAACGAGCAGGCGACGUUCAUGAAGUUCGUUCUGUAGUCAAUCAAGCCCUGGGUAACUGCCCUAAGUACAUCAACGUCAGGACGUUAGAUCCUUAUUUACAGGCUCGCCCUCGGGUCGUAUACCACAUGCCUGAUGUUUCAGCUCGUCUCCCUGACCACCUUAUCGACUUCGUUCAUGCCUCCGAUACUGUCUUCAUUGGAUCAUCGUACGAGGCCAAUGAGCAAGAACGCCAGAAAUACCCUUCUCACGUCGGCAUGAACCAUCGGGGUGGUCGCCCCGGUUUCGUGCGAGCGGACCGGACUGAUGGACGUACACUGGUGUUGCCCGAUUAUUCUGGCAAUCGUCUACUUUCAUCGCUCGGUAACAUUGAGGUCACAUCGCUCGCCUCACUCACCUUCGUCGAUUUUGCCAAUGGUGCUAUCCUAUACCUCACAGGCAAUGCGAAAAACUACGUUGGCCCUGACGCUCAGAAGAUUAUGCCACUCCAGAACGCACUCACGACCGUUGAGGUUACAGGUUACAUUUACGUCGAGGAUGCGUUGCCUGUUCGAGAACGGCCCGGCACAAAGGUGCAACGCAGCCCGUAUAGCCCUCCCAUUCGGCUUCUGUCUACAGAGAAAAAGAGUUCGAUGUUCAGCACCGACGAUGGAGCUCCGGAAGCCACACUUCGAAGCAUUGAAAUACACUCCCCAAAUCUAGCCACUUUCACCUUCGAUAGCAGCUUCCAGCUCGACAUCGUUCCGGGUCAAACCGCCAUCAUGGACUUUAAGUCGCUGGUAGGCUCUUUGCCGUACCAACACAUGGCAGAAGAGUCUCCCGAAGCAGUAAACGACGAUCGUAUACGCACGUGGACUAUUUCUCGCGCUUCAUCCUGGACGCACGCCAAUACCUUCGCUCUGACGAUGCGACACAAACUUGGUGGCGCAAUAACAGGCGCGUUAUUCAACAUCGCACACAAAAUUGCAGAAAUGAAGCCCGAGCUAUUGUCUGACUCGCGCCCUCUCGGCCUGCGUGUCCCGCUGGUUGGCAUUGCGGGCGAGUUCACGCUCGAGCCGUCGGAGGCGCACUUACCGGUGUAUACCAAGCCAGGCACCCGCGAAGGCACCCGCAAGCUCCUAUGGCUGGCUGGUGGAAUUGGCAUCACACCGUUCUUGGCCAUGCUCAAGGCUAUCGCCAACGGAUCUGCAACAUCAAAAUACGACAUUGUUCUUGCAGCUUCGACUCGGGAACCAGAGGUUAUUCUUAAGCUCAUCUCAGAGGCUAUGGUUGACUCCACAAACAAGUCAAACGCAGCAUCUGACUGUCCCAGAUCAAUGCUCUCCCUUCAUAUAUUCUCCAGUUCGCCUCUGCCGUCGCUAUCGCCUCCAUCCUUUUCGUCCCACCAGCAGACCGCGUUCAAAGUUAGCAUUGAACAGCACUCUGGACGUUUAUCGGGUACGGAAGAUGAAGCGAUGCUAAUUGAUUCAGCUGAGCGCGAGGUGUAUAUGUGUGGACCGCCUGAGUUCGAAGAUGGUACGUUGGGGGUCCUGAAGAGUGCUGGUGUGGAGUCAACUCGAGUACGCCGGGAAGGUUUCGCCUAUUGAUGGCAUGAUGAACUGUUGCAUGAAAAGUCCAUACCCUGUAUCCUAUCUAGAUUGUUAACAUAAGUAAUAAG